AUGAUGGAUCCAUCUCUUGCCAAUACCAUGAUUAGUUCAGAGGAACACCGAGAGGCAUGUCGUGUCUACAUGCAAAAGUAUCGAUCCAAGCCAGAAAAUCGUGAAAAGAUUAGACAACAAAACGCCGAGUACCGCAAACGUAAAAAAAUGGAAUCCAUUCGCCAAGUAUCAGAGAUUGACACGUUAGAGACCACCAUUGACAGUCAAGCAUUGCGCGUCAAGAUCCUCGAACAAGAGCUCAAGGACACCAAGUUCCGUAUCGACGUUUUGGAAAAGGAAUCACUAGUCCCCGGUCACUACAUGUCGGUCAUUGAGAAACUCCAACACGACAAUGACAUCAAACAGCAACAAAUCAAUCAAAUCGUUGCCGUCUUACAAACAUCCCCUGCAUCAAAUGAUAUCAAUCCAUUGCAAUAUCAUCAACAAAUUAUAAACUCUCUUCAAAAUAUUUUUGGUUUGAAGGGUUAUCAACAUCAUCACUAUCAACAACAACAACAACAACAAUCACAACAUGAUCAACUCGGUUCAAGUAGCAACCAUAUUAAUAUUAACCAUAAUGACAUUUCAAGUGCUACAACUUCCCCAUCAUCAUCUCCAUUACAUAUUUCACAAAUUCAAUCCAAUAACAAUAAUAAUAAUAAUAAUCAAAAUAAUGUGUCGUCACAAACCAAGAGAACCAAAACAACACAUCAUAAUAUUUCUUUGAAUCAACAACAAAGAGAUAUUCCAACACUCAGUUUAAAUCCAAAUUAUUCUUCACCACCAUCAUCACCAUCUUUACAUUUCCCAACUUCACCAAGAAAUACUAAUAUUCAACACCAACAACAACAACCACAACAAUACAUCAACAACAAUAGUUUAUCGGGAUCUGGUUCCAUUUUACCACUUCCACCUUAUACUCCACCCAAUUCAUCAUCACCAUCUACACCAACUUCCACUCCAUCAAUGUCACCUUUCCAAUCUCAAUCAUCUUUUCGUCUUGUUCCAGACAGUUUGAAUGAAUCCAAUAGUAAACUUUUAGCAAUCAACUCCUCUCCAAGAGAUUUUAUCCAAAAUAAUAAUAAUAAUAAUAAUAAUAAUAAUAAUAAUAACAAUAACAAUAACAAUAACAAUACUAAUAAUAAUAAUAACAAUUCCGUAUCAAACCUUUCUCUAUUAUGUGAUGUAUUAGAGGAAUGCAGACCACAAUUACAACAACCACAACAACAAACCAUCAACAACAAUAACAAUAUCUUUCCAACUACCCCAAAUAGCAAUUUUAAACCAAAAUCGAUUUCUUUGCCAUUAUCACCUCUUUCAAUGUCAAUUAACCAAUUGUUGAAUAAUAAAGCAUAA